GAGGUGCAAGUGCCAGAGUUUGUUUGUUUGUUUAUUUAUUUAUUUAUUUAUGGGUUGCUUAGGUGUUGACGGAAGAGGUGGGUCUUUAGCUGUUUUUUGAAGAUGGUGAGAGAUUCUGCGGUCCGGAUUGAGGUUGGAAGUUCAUUCCACCACUGAGGAACAGUUACUUUGAAUGUUCUUGAAAGGGACCUUGAGCCACGCUGAGUAGGUACUACUAAGCGUCGGUCAUUGAUUGAUCGCAGAUUGCGUGAGGGAACGUAAGCCUUCAGGAGAGAGUUGAGGUAGGCGGGUGCUGUUCCAGACAAGGUCUUGUAGUUGAGCAUCAAGGCCUUGAAUUUGAUGCGGGCGGCUACAGGAAGCCUACACACACAUUCAGAAUUAAGCGCAAUUUAUUUGAGACCAUAGUGUAUUUUAAAUAUGAUUGAGGAAGAACUUGCUCAAGUAAAAAUCACCAUGAUAGCUUGUUGUGUGGAGUGUGGACCCUGCUGAAAAAAACAAUGGAAACCACCACAGACAUUCUAAAGGUUUCCGCUACAAAUACCUUACAAACAAUCAGCUGUUACCCAUUAAAACCAUUACUAUUAUUGGUCCUUAAUGGUAUCCACUAGACACAACAUUCCACCUAUAGAAGGCAACAAAUUACCAAUAGAGACCCAACAAGGACCAUUACAGUUUCCAUUAUAACCAUUGCAAAUUGACCAAGCAGACUUAACUGUUUUUUUUUAACGCAAAACAUUUUGUCAAAACUGCGCAUGCGCAGAGAUGUGCGGAACAGAUCAUGUGGUAAAAGUGUUCAACUUAUUUAUUUCCCCGCUCGUAUUCCGACAAGUCCCGCCUUCUUUUCUAGGAUUGGCUACAAGCAUGUAGUAAUAUGUCGAAAUCCAAUUGGGCAGUGUGUCACGAGACUAACAGCCAAUCUCUGAACGCUGUUAGAAUACGGGUGGUAAAAAAGUAUCGGACACGUGGGUUGAGUACAGGGCUGCCUGCACUGGUCAGGAGGUUUGUGUACUGUAGUGUACUCUACUGAUCUGAUCUGAUCUGAUCUGAUCUAAGCUAAGCUAAGCUAAGCUGUCAGCUUCAUCUCACAUCAACUCACUUGCCCAGUCACUGAGCAACUGGAAGGAUCAUGUCAGUCUUGCAGUUCUACAGGAAGGCAGGUGCUGAAGGUGGGCGGAGCCUGCAGAGGGUCAAACAGCUCUAUCCACAGGUCACCAUAACCACUGAAUUCUGCUACAAUGUGGAAAUGAACGGUUCUGACUGUGUGAGUAGGGAGCAGAAGGAUAUCCUGCGCUGGUUAUUUACUCCUCCUCAGUCUUCAGGCCUGUCAGAUGAGCCCACUCUCAAAGCGAUGAUGCCAGGAGAGAGUCUGGUGGAGAUUGGCCCCAGACUGAAUUUCUCCACUGCGUGGUCCACAAAUGCCGUGUCCAUCUGCCAGAGUGCAGGCCUGAGUCAGGUGACCAGGGUGGAGCUGUCUCGCAGGCACCUCAUCAAGGAUGAGCUGCAUGGGCUGAGGAAAGAUAAAGAGAUGGAGAAGUUAAUCAGCCUCUUGUACGACAGCAUGACUGAGUGUGUCUACACCAAGCCCAUCACGUCUUUCUCUGUGGACGUCCGGCCUCAGGAAGUGUUCGAGGUUGACAUUCUAGGAGAAGGCCGUGCUGCGUUGGAGAGGGCCAACGAUGAGCUUGGACUAGCUUUUGACUCUUGGGAUCUGGACUACUACACGGCAUUGUUCCAGAGGGUGAAGAGAAACCCAACUAGUGUUGAAUGCUUUGACCUGGCUCAGUCCAACAGUGAGCACAGUCGCCACUGGUUCUUCCGAGGCCGGAUGGUGAUUGACGGACAGGAGCAGAAGGACACUUUGUUCAGCCUCAUUAUGGGCACCCAGCAGCACAGCAAUCAGAACAAUGUCAUCAAGUUCUGCGAUAACAGCAGUGGUAUUAAAGGCAUGGAGCUGGAGUGUAUGUUCCCUACUGACCCUGCGCAGGCCAGCUGCUACAAGACCAGACACACAACCAGACAUGUCAUCUUCACUGCAGAAACACACAACUUCCCCACAGGUGUCGCUCCUUUCAGCGGUGCUACCACAGGUACUGGCGGGCGAAUCAGAGACGUGCAGAGCGCAGGCCAAGGUGGACACGUGAUUGCAGGGACAGCUGGGUACUGCUUUGGUAACCUCCACAUCCCAGGUUUUUCCCUUCCAUGGGAGGAGAGUGGUUGGGAGUAUCCUUCCAGCUUUGCUCCUCCUUUGCAGGUGGCCAUUGAAGCCAGUGAUGGUGCUUCAGACUACGGAAACAAGUUUGGAGAGCCAGUACUGGCAGGUAUGAUGUGGUGUGUCUUAGCUGUGGUGUGUCUUGUCUUCUUAAUUUUUUUUUUUACUUCAUUUUCUUCUUUCUUUGCCUUAACAACUCAAGGCUUUGCCCGGUCCUUUGGAAUGCGCUUGGCCAAUGGUGAGCGUCGAGAAUGGAUUAAGCCGAUAAUGUUCAGCGGUGGACUGGGCUCCAUUGAGAAUGAGCAUGUGAAGAAAGAAGAGGCGGCGUCAGGUAUGGAGGUGGUGAAAAUAGGAGGCCCUGUGUAUAGGAUUGGUGUAGGAGGAGGGGCUGCGUCCUCUGUACAGGUACAGGGUGAUAAUUCCAGCGAUCGUGAUUUGGGUGCGGUACAAAGAGGAGAUGCCGAGAUGGAGCAGAAGAUGAAUCGGGCUCUGAGGGCCUGUCUGGAGAGAGCUACAGGAAACCCCAUCUGCAGUAUCCAUGACCAGGGUGCAGGAGGCAAUGGAAAUGUGUUGAAAGAGCUGAGUGAGCCCGCCGGAGCAGUCAUCUACACCAGCAAAUUUAAAAGAGGUGAUCCCACCCUCAGUGUUUUGGAGUUGUGGGGGGCAGAGUAUCAGGAGAGUAAUGCUCUGUUGCUCCGCCCAUCUGACCGGAGUUUUCUGGAGAGGGUGUGUCGGAGGGAGAAAUGUCCAGUUGACUUUGUGGGAAACAUUACAGGUGAUAGUAAGAUUGUUCUUGUGGAUGAUAUCUCUAACACUGGCAGUGCCGUGAUUGGAGGGCGGAACCCUGUGGAUUUGGAACUUGAUUGGGUAUUGGGAAAGAUGCCUCAGAAGGAGUUCAGGCUGGACCAUGUGCCUUCCUGUCUGCAGCCUCUCUCUCUCCCUCCAGGACUUUCUGUGUUGCCUGCUCUUGAGAGAGUUCUUCGACUGCCUGCUGUGGCCAGCAAACGCUACCUCACCAACAAGGUGGAUCGCUCUGUGACUGGAUUGGUGGCACAGCAGCAGUGUGUAGGGCCCCUCCAUACCCCACUGGCUGAUGUGGCUGUGGUUGCUCUAUCACCCUUCAGCCUCCAGGGUUCUGCUACAGCAAUUGGGGAGCAGCCAAUUAAAGGCCUGGUUUCCCCAGCGGUUGGAGCUCGAAUGGCUGUGGGUGAGGCUCUCACCAAUCUGGUGUUUGCACGCGUCACUGCUCUGAAGGAUGUAAAGUGCAGUGGUAACUGGAUGUGGGCGGCGAAGUUGCCAGGUGAAGGGGCGUGUCUGUGGGAUGCGUGCCAGGCUAUGUGCAAGGUCAUGGGACAGUUGGGCGUUGCUGUCGAUGGCGGAAAGGACUCCCUCAGCAUGGCUGCUCGUGUUGGUGGAGAAACCGUCAAAGCACCAGGUUCUUUGGUCAUCUCUGUGUAUGCUGUGUGUCCUGAUAUCACUGCUACUGUCACCCCUGACCUGGACGACCCAGAGGGCAAAGGUGUAUUGCUGUAUGUUCCUGUGAGCAUGGGUAAAUACAGGCUGGGUGGCUCUGCUCUUGCUCAGUGUUAUGGUCAGCUGGGAGACUGCAGUCCAGACCUGGAUUAUCCUGACCAUCUCUCAGCCUGCUUCAACACCACGCAGACACUCAUCGAAGAUCAUCUGCUGAGUGCAGGGCAUGAUGUCAGCGACGGAGGACUCAUUUCCUGUCUGCUGGAGAUGGCCUUUGCAGGAAAUCGUGGGAUAGAAGUUGACUUGCCUUUUGAUGGAGUUGGAGUGAUGGAGGCUUUGUUCUCAGAGGAGUUGGGUCUGGUGUUGGAGGUGUGUGAGAGGGAUGUGGAAAGUGUGUGUCAGCGGUACACACAUGCUGGGCUGGGCUGCUACAAGAUUGGCACCACCUGUGGCUUUGGACCUGACUCUAUGGUCAGGGUGAGCCUGUGUGGACAGGAAGUGCUGCAUGAGCGUCUACCGACUCUCAGGGCUUUAUGGGAGAGCACAAGCUUCCAGCUGGAGUGUCUGCAGGCCAAUCCACUGUGUGUACAGCAGGAAGAGCAGGGGCUAUCUAUCCGCACCCAGCCAUACCUCAGACUGACCUUUGACCCUGCUAAAACACUGAUAACAAAAGAGCUUGCUGAGGGCAAGCCUCGUGUUGCAGUCAUCCGUGAGGAAGGCAGCAAUGGUGAUCGAGAGAUGUCUGUCUCUCUGUAUAUGGCUGGAUUCGAGGUGUGGGAUGUCACAAUGCAGGACCUGUGCUCCGGUUCCACGACCCUUGACCCAUUCCGAGCUGUUGUGUUUGUAGGCGGCUUCAGUUACGCUGAUGUGCUGGGAUCAGCCAAAGGCUGGGCGGCUACUGUCACCUUUAACCCCAAAGCCCGGGAGGAAUUUGAGCGUUUCCGGCAUCGUAGCGACACACUUAGUCUAGGGGUGUGUAAUGGCUGCCAGCUUCUGGCUCUGCUAGGUUGGGUGGGUGGAGCACAGAAUGGAGGCUCUGAGGUGGCCUUGACCCAUAAUAAGUCCGGUCGGUUUGAGUCCCGCUUUGUGAGUGUCAGCAUUCUGCCUUCUCCAGCCAUUAUGCUGAAGGGCAUAGAGGGAUCUGCCCUGGGUGUGUGGGUUGCCCAUGGAGAAGGUCUGAUGCAGUUCCGCUCCCCUGAAGCACAGCAGAAGCUGAUCAGUGCAUCUCUGGCACCCCUGCGCUACGUGGAUGAAUCCGGAGCCCCCACUGAGACCUACCCCAUGAACCCAAAUGGCUCUGCGCUGGGCAUAGCGGGUAUCUGCUCGCCUGACGGGCGCCACCUGGCCAUGAUGCCCCAUCCAGAGCGCACGGUGCUGGGCUGGCAGUGGGCCUGGGCACCUGCACCUCUCAGAGCCUCACUGCGUUCCUCACCUUGGCUCCGCAUGUUCCACAAUGCCGCUGUGUGGUGUCAGAGUGAGGGGUUGGCAUCAUAGUGAUCAUAGAUAUAGCUAUUUCACUGAUACAGCUGUGAAAGUAUCCUGAAAGCCAGUGAAUAUUUGUAUGUUUAAUUGAGAAGAGUUAGAUUUACGUGGUUGUGUAAAAGGCUAAACCUAUAUAUAUAAAAAAAAUUUAUUAAAAACCCAACAAUUUUAUACAAACAUCAUUAACAAGAGUCAAACUGAAGAUGGCUGCAUUCCAAUCAAUAUUGACAAUCUUGUGGUUAACCUGUGACCUCACAAUCAUGUUAAGGAAAUGCUUUUGCACAUUUCUGAAGGCAAGGGAGCAAAACUGGCCAUGUUCUCUGGGUGGGAGGGGUGGCGUACUCUCGCUACCCUGUCAAUCACAGCAACACUAGCCAGUCAUAGGUUUCUGUGAGCUCAGUUGAACAGCAGUUGAUGCUGAUGUGCUAUUUGGCUUCACAUGCCUCGGAGGAAGCACGUAUUAACCUUCACCCUUCAUAGUUGGUAGAUGUCAUAUGAUUGGGGAGAGCUUGCUGGUGGGUGGGAAUUGAUACUGUAGGUAACGAAAAUGGUGUGAAAUAAAUUAUAGUAGUAAUAAUAAUAAAAAGAAGGAAAUGAUUUUUUGGCUACUGUGAUGAUUUGUGUUUACUUGACAGAAACCAAUGAUGAGGACCAAAUUCUGCUACAUGUACAUGUGAUUUUGAUUGAUUAAACAAGUUGUUGUUAUUGUUCAUGUCAGUAUUGUAACCUCAUACGGUAUCUCAAAAAGUGUCAUCUUUCAUAUUCCAACGGUAUGUGGUUCUGGGACAUUUUUGUGCAAGUUGUGAAUAUUUGUCCACCAGCCACAAUGAGUUGUCCUGUUUUACACAGAUUUCAUGCACCAAAAACUGCUGGAUUCAAGAAAAAAGUUUUGCAAUUUGCUGGAUAUGUGAGGAUAUACAGUGUAUGUUUAUGUAUCUCUGAGUUAUAUACUCCAAGUUUGCCUUGAAAGAUGAAAUAAUAAAGUACAUUUUGAUAAGAACAAGGACAAUUGCUUGUGUAAUUUGGUAUAAUCACAUACUGCUGAUA